AUGGUUCAGCAUCGACAUGAUCAAGGAUUCCAAGUGGAUUCAGGAUUGAAAGGGAGUCAUUCUCAGACUGCAGCCCGAACUACUCAAGAUCCUGUUUCUCAAUUGGCAAUUUCUGACUCUCUCUAUAACAGUUAUUUACUUGCAGCAUCUGGCAUAGUCCACUGUUUCUCAUGGUACUUUUUAUACUCCAAUGCACAACUCGGACAGUUAUAUCUCGCUGGGCUGUGGACGUGUAACCUUCCGAGUGACCUCUGCUGGUGGGUUAAGGUGAUUGAAGACCAUUGUGUUCCUUCAAGGGCGAAACCGUACAGGGCUCCUACUUGGUCGUGGGCUUCUGUCGAUUUUGAAGGAAAAUCACCUUGUAGCCCGGUUGUUUAUCAUUCAAAUUUUGGUGAGAAGUUUGAACAAUCUGCAAAAUUCUGUAUUCAUCAUGCUGCGACUCAGAUGGCACCAUCAGCCGUGGGAAAAUACGUGUAUGGACCAGUUUGUGAUGGAUUAAUACGAAUUAGAUGCAUCCUCAUUGCAGCCCAGAUCUUUACGCACCCAUACUUGGAAUUUGACGCAAGACAUACGACUCAGUUCUUAGAAGCAGAUGCAUUAGACGAAGACUACGAUCCUUAUUUCUGGCCAAAUGUCUAUCUCGACGUUCAGGGUUCCUUUGAACCGGCAAUGAGUAAGCCCUUCCCGGCCGCUAAUCUUCUUGACCUGCCCAUCGCCGGAGAUCUUGAGGACAAGGGGUUUCUUCUGAGCGUAGACGUGGUUGAGACAAGACCCAAGAAGAUUAUUUGUGCUCAGAUACAAAAGUAUGGAUUUGUAUGGUGGGAAAUAUUGUUGACGGCGGAAUAUGCGCACUUGUAUUGA